AUGGCGCCCGAAACACCGCGAGCAGUCUCUUCGAGGCUUCUUACUAUGAAGUUUAUGCAACGGGCAGUAGCCUCAGGAAAUUCGUCUCCGGAUUCAGUAACACAGUCAUCCAAGAAAAGAAAGACUGGACAUUCCCCAGCGACGGGUCGCCUUGACCUGAACAUUGACCAGGCUGCAAUCAAGGCUGCUCUCGAUGCACAAGAAACUAAACGACAAGAGGCCCUGGAGAAGCAUGUUGGGGCCGACUCCCAUUGGGUCCUUGACAGCCCAUUUGCUGGGUUGAAAGCUGCAAAUCAGACCAAAGCACCUCUCAAUGUCGUGUAUGUUGGGUAUGGUGAUAUGGAUUCAUCUAACGACUCAGGCGAUAAUGAGGAUGUGCCGAGAAACGGGCGUACUUCGACAAAUAGCUUCAAGAAGACGGCGAACCAGGCACACAACGACAGCGAUAGCGAUAGCGAAGAUGAGGACUCAGACGAUGACAAUAAUACGCCGGCGCAUGGACGAAAGCGGAAGCCAUCCAGUGACAGCCCAAGCCGUUCACGGCCAACUUCAGAGAGUACCAAAGCCAAAAAAUUCCGAAAUAAGAGAAAGGAAAAGGAGGUGAAGCUCAGCAAGCCAACGUCAAUAUCAUCCGGUGGUGGCAUUUCCUCAGGAGGCGGGAGCCAGUUCUCUCCUGCUGGAAAAGCCAUGACCUGCUACAAGUGCCACCAGACUGGUCACAAAGCUAUCGACUGUCCUAAGAGGGGCCAAAUGACCUACAUGCAUGAUUAG